UGAACUUGAACUCUGAUUACUUUUAAAUGUGCUGUCUUUUAAGAUCAACAUUCGGCAAGUGACAUUUUAAAACGUUAAGAAAUUUAGGUAAAAAUUAUAAACAAAUACCUGCUUCCCCUCAUCUGGUCACACUUGCUGAGCAAGAUCUCCACCACUGAUCUGUGUUGCCAUUCCCACCACCCACUCUCAGAGAUACAGGGUCUCAUUUAUGUAGCCCAGGCUGACCAGGUACUUUAAAUCCUCCUGCCUCAGUUUCCCCGGUUGCUGGGAUUACUCAUGUGCACCACUUCCAGUUGCAGGUGUUUGACAGCUGCACAGUAAGUUGAUACAGUUCCGUCCUAACAUGCUGGGCUCCUCCGGGAUUUCCUGAUACCGCUUGCUGGGUGCUGACCCUCUGGAGGCUCUGAUCUUAUUUGUAUUACCAUGAAUUUUGUCUGGGAAGUGGUUCAUUUUAUGUAAAAGAAAACUCUCUGCCCGUCACCGAAUGACAAGCACAGCUGUUAACCCAUGUGAAACUUAUCCAGUUCUUUUAGAAAGAUAACAUUUUCAGAAUAGACUUUUUAAAAUGUUGGUUUUUAAUUUAAUUAAUACCAAGUUUGUCUCCAGAGGAAGACAAGAGGGGAUGCACUUUACCUGAAGUGUAUUUUUUUUUUUUUUUUUUGAAACUCCGGUGAUAUUUGGGGAAGCAAAUUUACAGAUCACCCAUGUUCAGAGAGAGACAGACAGAGACAGAGGGAGAGGAGAGAAGAGAGAGAAUGAGAAUAUAUAUGUUGCUGGCUUGCCCUUAAAGCAGGCAGUGAGAGGCGGGCUAUGGGUGUUAAGUAUGUGCUGGGUGACCGCGCACGGGCGGCGACCACACCUCCUCACAGGGCCUCUGGGCCGAGGGUUUCCUGCAAGUUUCCUGCCUGAUGGCUGGAGGGCAAGCUAGGGACAGGCAGGAAAGGAAGAUGCUCUGCCCAGAAGUGGGGGCAGGGCGGACCUCUAGCGCUUGACCCCCGCCCUCCGAGAGCCCGCCUCGGGGCGUGGUCCCAGGCGGACCGGGAGGGUCCGGGAGGGUGCAGGGCGCGGGACGCGGGCGAUCAGCAGCGAGACGCGGGAUGCUCGGCCGGCCUCGCCGUGUCCGCUGAGGCUCCCCACUCGUCUCCCCCGUGCCAGCCAGACCCGACCAGAGCCCCGAAGGUUCGAAUCCAGGGCCUCACACAUACUGGACAAGCACGCUACCUAACUGAGCUAAAAACCCAGGCCAUGUACAAGUCUUUCAAACGUCUUGAAGAUGUACACAACUUUUUAUUUUCUAAAAAUGAUUCUCACACCGAGUAUUCUAGAAUUGGGGACAUGGUGAAAGUAAAUAAUCAGGUAACUGCCCCCCCCCCCCGCAAAAUUAGAGGCAUAGUAUGAUUAUAAUCAUAAUGCAUCUUAUGAUGUACAGGUAGACUGGGUUCUUCUGUAAUUCCACCUCUGUUCAUCUCUAAAUACAGAUCAUUACACAAGUCUGUGUUUAACCGAUCAUCUUCAUAAGCCAGAAAAUAUGAUCACAGGAUCAGUUGCUAGUGGAGUUUGAAAAGGGAUAUUAUCUUGGAGAAGCAAGCCAUCCCAGAAAGCUGACCUCAUCUUUCCAGAGGUUGCUUCUGGGUGGGGUCUUAUUAUGUUGCCCAGGCUGGUCUCAGACUCCUAGGCUCAAGCCAUCCUCCUGCCUCAGAUUUUGAGAUAAGUAUAGAUGCUAGAGGCGUUCACUGCGCCUUCUAUAGUCUUCAGCCGUGUUCCCCCAUCCAAACCCAAGGGGAUCAGAUCUGUAGCUAGUCCCACUAAGGUCUGUUGAGGAGGGAAGGGAACCCCGUUAUCUGCAUAAUUAAACCGCGAACCCCUGCUUCCCUUUCAGGAAGUGCAGCGUUUCCUUUGUUCAGCCAGCUCUUAGUGAACAAAAGCUAAUAGAGACACACCAGUUUCCUUCCCACUGAACGGUGGCCUAUUUCAGCCGGCCUGCUUAAUUCUGUUUAUCUCUGCCCUUACCAGAGGGUGUGCGACAAGUGUUGGAAAUCUAUACAUGACGUAAGAUAGAGAUGUACCUCAGUGGCAGAACUCUUUCUUACCAUGGAUGAGGCCUCGGCUUCAGUCUGUAGUGCCACAAGAAAAAAUGAUCCGUGAAGAACAACGACUCUAAGCAGGAAGAAAACACAUAGUUGGUUAUGUUUAAUACAACAGUUUGCUAGAUUCUGGUGUGAAAAAAAACUCACCUUUAAGCAGCCCAAAGUCUAGUAUUUCUCUCAAAGUUAAGUAUUGCUUCCUAUAAUUUGGUGUGCACCACGGUCCAGCAAGGUCUCCCCUGCCCACCUAGGUGGUCUGUGAAGACUGCUGUGUGACUCACCCAUCUCCCGGUGCGUAUCAGUAAUGAGUGUUGGGAGACCGACAGGCGAUGGUGGUUUUAAUUUGUCUGUUUUCUCCUUCUACUACCCAAACAAGAAAAGCAGGGCCAUACGGAGUUCACAUUAAAUUGUAAUAUACUGAAUAUAUAUUUUUUUCUCAAUUUUUUUAAAAAUUAAAAACAUUUUCUUUUAGUGAAGAUGGAUUUUUUGUAUACAAUGUAUUCUGAUUACAGUUUCCCCUCUCCCUAUUCCUCCCAGUUCCUCUCCGCCUUUCCUCCCAACCAGAUCCACACCCUUUCUGUCUCUCAUUUAAAAAACCAACAGGCAACUGAAGAAUAAUAAUAAAGUAAAAUACAGUAAGAUAAAUAAAAAACAAACAUCAGAGUAGAGUAUGACCGAAUAACCAGAUGUAAAAAGAGCCAAAGAAAAAGCACAAGAAACACAUCUAGACUCAGACACACAAAAGUAGGCACACACAGGAAUCCCAUCAAAACCCAAAACCAGAAGCCAUAAUAUGUGUGCAAAGGACCUGUAAGGUUAAAAAAAAAAAGUGCCUUGGCAACAUUAUGAAACAACGAACUUCCGAAGAUGCUGUUGAGUGCAUUGUGUGUUGGGCAUCUACGGCUGGGCAUGGAGCCUGCCCUUAGGAGUGGUUUGUAUCCCCAGUGAGAUGCCCUUAGAGAAAAUUAAUUUUUCAUUUGCAAGUGGCUAUCAAAUUGGAUAUGAUUUCUGGGUUAGGGGUGAGGGCAUGUAUCUGUUUCUCUCAGCUCUAGGACCCACCCCAUUUGAUGCAGACCUGUGCAGGACCUGUGCAUGCUAAUCCAGUCUGUGUUCAUAUGGGUACCAGCCUGUUGUAUCCAGAAGGCCUUGAUUCCUUGAUGUCCCCCUUCUGGCUUUUACAGUCUUUCUUCCCCCCUUCCUCAGUUCUCUGAACCCUGAUUUGGUGGAAACCUGAUUUGGUGGAAACAUUCCUUUUAGGGCCAGGUGUUCCAAGGUCUCUCCCUCAGUGCAUAAAAGAUAAUUUUCUCAUACAAUAUAUUUUAAUCAUAUUCCUUCUCCUCCCUCAGCUUCUCUCAGAGCCCCCCGACUUUCCUCCCCAAACAACUCCAUGGUCUCUCGAACAAACAAAUCAAAACUCCAAAAAACAAAAAUCAAAAUAAACAAGCAAAUAAUCAUUGACAAGAAAAAAAAUAAAACAAAAAGCCCACAAAAGCCAUGGAGUUCAUUUUGUGCUACUCCCGAGCAUGGGGCCAGCCCCAGAGUGUGGUUGAUACACCCAGAGACACUCCGUUGGAGGAAAUGAUCUCCCUGCUUCCUGCAGGUAUUGUUAGGGGUGGGACUUUGAGCCCACUUCUGUCUGGUUUGAACUUGUGCAGGCCUUCAGAUGAUUUCACGGUCUCUCUGAGUUCUUGUGUGCGUCAGCCCUGCUGUGUUUGCAAGACUAUGUUUCCUUGGAGUCAUCCAGCACCUCAGGCUCUUACAAUCUUCCCGCCUCCUCUUCCCCACAGAUGCCUGAGCCUUGAGGGGAGGGGUUUGACCAGGACAUCCCACUUAGGGCUGAGUCCUCUGAAGUCUCUCACUCUUUGUUCAGUUGUGAGUCUGUGUUAAUUCUCUGAUGAGGGACGAGCAAGGUACUGACCUGUGGGAUCCGUGGAAGUCAUGUUAUUUCAACAGGGUCAUGUUGUUGCUAUGUUCCUCAGCAGGGUAACAGGCUCUUCUGUAGGUUUCAUGACCUACCUAGUCUCAGGCUCUUGGCCACUUUAGCCGUGUUGCAUAUGGGUUCCAUGCCGUAGAGGAGCCUUAAGUCUAGUUAGAAAGAGGUGUGUUACUCCUGUGUUUAUGCCAGUAUUGCACCAGUGUUGCUUGCGGGCAGGUCACAGUUGUAAGUUGAAGGAUUUAGGGCUGGGAGAUGUUGAUGAUGGAUGAGUCUCCUCUAGGGUUGUUCAUAGUACCUUCCAGCACCCAUAAACUCUAGACGGUAGAGGUGAAACUUUUAGUUAAGUACCAGCUUGAAUCCUAGAUGUUUAACGACAUAUGUAAGUUGUGUCUUCUGGCAAUAGGGCCUUACCUUCAGGUUGUGGAAAGCAACUAACAGCCUUGAUAAUACCCUGUGAUGUUUGCGGGACUCCAUGGGACUCCUUUGGUCAACAACUCAGAAAAAUGCAACACAUUCUUGGCACUGGGGAUUUUACUUGGUGGCAUAAGGUGUCUAGGUGGGCAUUGUACCCCCCCAGUAGAUGGUGACUCCCUUCAAAUUCCUUUCAUAUAUAAGUGUGUGUGUGUGUGCGUGAAAAAUAUAUAUUUAAAUUCCUUCCACAUAUAUAUGGAAGCAUCUACAGUAGUAGGUUUCAUAUGAUUUUUCAAAAGGCCCCAGCUUGUAUCAGGUUGACAUAAAACUAGCCAGCACAAGCCCUUUGGGUAUAUGCCCGGGAGUAGUAUAGCUAGAUCUUGUGUUGAUAGCUUUUCUGCUUUUCGAGGAACCUCCACACUGAUUUCCACAGUGACUGUACCAGUUUGCACUCUUCACCGGCAGCGACUGAACAUUCCCCUUUCCCUGCAUCCUGGCCAGCAUGCUCUGUCAUUUGUUUUAUUAAUCAUGGCCAGUCUCACGGAGAUAAGAUGAAAUCUCAAAGUAGUUUUGAUUUGCAUUUUUUGAUGGUUAAGGAUAAAAGCAUUUCCAAGCCACUUGUGUUUCAUCUUUAGAGAACCUUCUGUUUGUUUCUGUACCCAUUUUUGAAUGGGUUGUUUCCUUGCUGUUCAGUUUUUUGAGUUCUUUAAAUAGUCUAGAUAUGAACCAUUUGUAAGUUGUGUAAUUGGUAAGGGUUUUCUGCAGUCCACUGCUUAGCUCCAAUGAUGGUGCCCUUUGCUGUUCAGAGUUGUAGUCAAUUAUUGUUGGUCUUCUGACUUUUGACAAAGAAACCAAAAGUACAAACUGGAAAAACCUCAGCAUCUUCAACAAACAGUGCUGGACAAGCUGGAUGGUUGCUUACUAAAGAAUGCAAAUAGAUCCAUAUCUAUCACUCUACUCACAACUCAGCUUCAAACGGAUCAAAGACCUCAACAAAAGGCCCACGAACCAGAAGAAAAGGUGGGGAAUGGGCUUGAACUCACUGGUGCAGAGCAGGGUUAUCUGAAGAGGACACUGAUAGCACAGACAUGAAGACCAGAAAUUAGUAAGUGGGACCUCAGAAGCUGAGAGGCUUCGGUAUGGCAAAGGACACCAUCAAUCGGGCAAAGCAGCAGUCUGCAGAAUGAGGAAAGAUCCUUACCAAUUACACAUCUCUGCAGGGUUAGUAUCAAACAUAUGUAAAGAACUGAAAAGAAACAACACUGAACAAGAAAACAACCGUGUGAAAAAUGAGGUACAGAACCAACCACAGCUUUCUCUGAAGAUGAAACACAAUGGCCAAGAAAUACUUUAAAAACUGUUCCACAUCCUUAGUCAUCAGGAACUCGCUCUGUAGAUAAGACUGGCCUCAAACUCACAAAGAUCCACCUGCCUCUGCCUCCCAAGUGCUGGGAUUAAAGCCACACACCACCACCACCUGGCUAAUUACUGCUUUUAUGUGUCUAGUCAUUAUGGAUCUGUUUAAAUUUUGUAUGUCAUCUUGAUGUGACUUUGAUAGGUUGUAUACCUCAAGAAAGUCAUCCGUUUCUUUUAGGCUUUUAAAUUUGGUAGAAUACAAAAUUUUUAAAUAUGUCACUAUGAUUCUGAAUUUUUUAGUUUCUGCUUUAAUGCCUUCCUUUUCAUUUUUAAUUUUAUUGAUUUAGCUCUUCUUUCUCCAUCUUUUGGUUAAUUUGGAUAAAGGAUUGUCAGUCUUGUUGAUUUUCUCAAAUGACUGUGUCUUCAUUGCAUUCAUUUACUCAGAUCUUCUUCAUGACACUUGAACAUACCCAUAAUUACUAUUCUGUGGUCAUUUCUUCCUCAUCUAAAUUUCUUUUCUCAGGGCCAAUUACAGUUGGGUUUCUGGCUUCUGGAGUUGCCAAAUUGUCUUGGAUGUUUAUGUUUGGUUUUGUGCUUCAAUCCAGGAAUCCAGAAUGAUGACAGUUGAAGUGUUUGUUGUUGUAGAUAUCUAUUCUCAUUUUUUUUUUUUUUUUUGGCUGCGUGUUCCAGUCUUGAUUACUAUUGCACCAAUUUUGGUUCCCAUCUAGCGUGACAAUUGUGGGGUCCUUGGUAGAGAGUAGUUCUGCAGGUUCUAAAGAAAGAACCCAGCAGGAGGCUGGGUCCCAAGGGGAUGGAGUGGGCUGGGAGGUGGGGCCCAGGCUGGCAGGUGGCAGGUCUAAGAGUCAUCUGUAGAGACCAGAAUGGAUGGGAGAAGCAGACCAGGCAGCCCACUCGAGUGCCAGACUUAAAGAGGUACUGAGUAUCUCUUUAAAAGGAUUCAUCAUUUGGACACAGCUCCUAGGACUCAAGAAGCGAAGCAAACAGAUAAAUACUCCAGUCUUCAAGUGUUAAUCCGUUUGUAGGAGCCAGGUGCUUUUGGGGAAAAAAAAAACCCACAAUUUUGCUGUGAGAAAGGACAUGAGGAGACUAAAGGCCUGGGAUUUUACCGAUCAGAAUGAAACCAAUGUUGAAAGACUUUUCAAAUCUCUUGCUGGUGGUGCUCUGUGACUAUGUCCUCGGAGAAGCCGAGUACCUCCUCUUGCGAGAGCCGGUCCACGUGGCCCUGAGCGACAGAACGGUAUCUGUGGAUUUCCACUCCCUCGGUGACGCUAAUGGGACACUGAGGAACGUGUCUGUCAUGCUGUGGGAGGCCAACACCAAUCAGACUCUCACCACGAAAUACCUCCUGACCAACCAGUCCCAGGGGACUCUCCAGUUCGAGUGCUUCUUCUUCCAGGGGGCCGGCGACUACUGGUUUGUAAUGACUCCGGAAGCGACGGACAAUGGCACACAAGCUCCCGGCUGGGAGAAAAGUGUCUUUCUGAAGGUAGAAUGGCCCAUCUUCCACAUUGAUUUGAAUCGGACAGCCAUGGCUGCAGAAGGCACCUUCCAGGUGGGCCUUUUUACCACUCAACCACUCUGCCUGUUUCCAGGGGACAAGCCGGACAUGCUGGUGGACGUGGUUUUCACCGACAGUCUUCCAGAGGCAAGAACAACGGGGCAGCCGCUGGAGAUCAGAGCCACCAAAAGGACAGAACUCGCUCAAGUUCAAUGGGUUGAGUUUGGCUGUGCACCCGUAGGGGUGGAAGCCUACGUCACUGUGACGCUGAAGCUUUGGGGUCAAGACUCAGUCAUCACGUCUGUAGGACCUAUUGACCUGGCCCAAAAAUUCGGAUACAUAUUGGCAAUGGCACCGGAAGUCACGUGUGAGUCUGUGGUGGAAGUGACGGUCCUGCCUCCUCCUUGUGUCUUUGUCCAAGGAGUGCUUGCUGUUUACAAAGAGGCCCCCAGACACCCGGGGGAGAGGACUUCGCAGCUGGCUGAAAACAGCCUGUCGCUGGGAGAGAAGAGCGCAGUGUUUAACUGCACUUUGUUUGAUGUGGGGAAGAACAAGUACUGCUUUAAUUUUGGAAUUUCAAGGAAAAGACAUUUUUCUGCAAAGGAGUGCAUGCUAAUUCAGAGAAAUAUAGAGUCUUGGGGACCAUGGCAGCCGUGGAGUCAGUGUAGCAACACGUGCGGGGAGGCUGUCCGAGAACGGCGCCGCGCGUGUCUCGCUUCUUUCCCCUCCAGACCCAGCUGCUCUGGAGUAUCCUCAGAGACCUCUUCAUGCUCCCUGGAGGAGUGUGCUGUAUUCCGGCCGCCGGGCCCAUCGUCUGUUCCACCCCAGGGUCCGGUGAAGUCCAACAACGUAGUGACGGUCACAGGGAUAUCCCUGUGUCUGUUCAUCAUCAUUGCCACCGUGCUCAUCACUCUCUGGAGGAGGUUCGGCAGAGCCCCCAAAUGCAGCACCCCUGCCCGACACAACUCCAUCCAUACCCCUGGCUUCCGGAAGAACUCGGAUGAGGAGAACAUCUGCGAGCUGAGCGAGCCUCGGGGAAGCUUCUCAGAUGCGGGUGACGGACCCAGGGGAAGCCCGGCGGACACAGGCAUCCCUCUGACUUACAGGUGCAGCGCACCAGCGGCUCCUGACGACGAGGCCUCCGGCAGUGAGAGCUUCCAGUCCAACGCCCAGAAGAUCAUCCCGCCCCUGUUCAGCUACCGCCUGGCCCAGCAGCAGCUGAAGGAGAUGAAGAAGAAAGGGCUGACCGAGACCACCAAAGUGUACCACGUGUCUCAGAGUCCCCUGACAGACACCGUCGUGGAUGCCACGGCCAGUCCUCCCUUAGACCUGGAAUGCCCCGAAGAAGCAGCAGCAGCGGGCAAGUUCCGAAUCAAGUCUCCAUUUCUGGACCAGCCUGUGGCAGGCGCCGGGGAUAGGCCCCCCUCCAGGCUGGAUGGCGUCGUGCCUCCGCCCAGCUGUGCGGUCAGUCCCAGCCAGACCCUGAUCCGCAAGUCGCAGACGAGGUCAACUGUGGGGAGAGAGGGCUCAUCUGAGAGGUGCCACUCCAGAAGUUCCCUCUUCAGGAGGACCGCUAGUUUUCAUGAAACCAAGCAGUCCCGCCCUUUCCGGGAGAGAAGCUUGUCUGCGCUGACUCCCCGCCAGGUCCCUGCCUACAGUUCCAGGAUGCGGACCUGGGACCAGAUAGAGGAUAGGUCCAGGCCUCCUAGUCGAAGUGCCCACCUGCUUCCAGAGCGAUCAGAGCACUUCCAAGGGGCAGGUCGGGCCAGCAGUCCCUUGGGCCCUCUCUCCAAAUCCUACACUGUGGGGCAUCCCAGGAGGAAACCGGACUCGGGGGAUCGCCAGGCAGGGUUGGUGGCAGGAGCUGAGAAAAUGGAGCCUCACCGAGCUCACAGGGGACCGUCCCCCAGUCACAGGAGUGUUUCACGGAAGCAGCCUUCACCCAUUUUCCCCAAAGAUAGCUACCAGAAAGUCAGCCAGCUCAGCCCUUCUCACUGCAGAAAAGAUAAAUGUCAGAGCUUUCCCAUCCACCCAGAGUUCGCCUUCUACGACAACACCUCUUUCCGCCUCACUGAGGCCGAGCAGAGAAUGCUGGACCUCCCGGGAUACUUCGGCUCCAACGAAGAGGAUGAAACCACACUUAGCGUGGAGAAGUUGGUCAUCUAGGCUGAGAAGCUGCAGGACCCACCCAGGGCCCUUUACCCAGCUGGCAGUAUGCACUGCUCACAUACCUUCUGUUAACUUUAUUGUAUAACUGUGGGAAUUGGUUCAAAACCCAGAGGGGUGGGUGCGUGCGUGCGUGCGUGCGUGCGUGUGUGUGUGUGUGUGUGUGUGUGUGUGUGCUCACCGAGAAGAAGUUAUUUAUCCUGAAUGUUUAUCCUGGGCGUUUCUUUUUGUUAUCCCUUUUCUGUCGGCUUCUUUCUACUAAUAAAACUCAAGUGAGGCAAAUGUAUGAUGAUUUUGAACACUACACUGGAUGUUUCCAACUUUGGAAUCUGGAAGCUUCUCCCAAAGGGGAGGAGCCAUCAGCUGCUCGCCUCCAUGUGCAGAGAGAGCUAUUAUAGGUGCGACCUUGUAUCUUGCUUUGUUUUGCAGUAAGGACUAAACAAAGGGCCUAAAAAUGGGGCUACUUCUUUUGAAGGUUGUCACCAAGGUACCCAGUGCAAAGCAUAAAUCCUUGCAGCCCAGUGGCCUAAUGACUAUUCAGGAUCUGCUCAAAUAGCUACCUUUUCUUCUUUUUCUUAAUGACCUCCGUGCGGCCACACCCAUCCUGCCUUUAGAUUGUUUUCCUUCUUUCCCCUAUCAGGAUGUCGGCCUGCUGGUGAGGGUUCAGACGGGAAAGUCACAGAUGUAAACACGGUAGUUUCAAACGUUAAUAUUUGUUGAGCUGCCGCUUGUGCCGUUUUUAUUGAACAUUAAAAUGUGCUUCCUUUGGGGCGGCUUUAGUGAUGACUAUCUGCUCUGCAGGAACAGGAGGGGUAGAUUGUCCAGGCUGUCUGACAACUGCUGUGCAUGGAUGAAAGAAGAGGCAGGCCGGGUACUCUCCGGUGCCUUUAUUUAUCGCCAGAGCUUUGUUCUUGAUCCAAGCUCGCAGGUCUGUGUGCCAACCUUUGACACACAGGGCACAUGCUCACUCACUUGUCCCAGAGCUCCCAGGGUCCAGCAGUAUCAGACCGAGACCAAAACAGCUUUGGAGAAAUGGAGAUUCAAGAGGAGCACUGUGGGCUAAAAGGUUUUCUGUUCAGUGAUGUUCACCAUCGGCCUAGUUUUCUGGGGCUCUCCCCAGCGGUGAACUCUGGCCUCCGAGAGAAAAGAUGUUUCACGCAGUCUUCAGCGCGUAAGUUGUAGAUUUCAGUAGAAAGGUUUUCUGUUUCUAACCACGGUGUCUCCUUGUAUUAGUCCCCGUGGCUGCUGUAGAGUAUAGGCUUGAGAAAGGUAAAUGGCCAGCUAGGGAAAUGCCUUAAAAAUCAUUUGUAGUUGAAUUAGAAUGAUUCUUUGUAAUACGUCACACUGUAAAUCAUAGAAAGGAAAUAUGUUUGGGAGAGAUUAUGAGAUUUCCAUUUAUAGAGGUCUCCACAAAUGGAAGUAUUUUUUAUUUUUAUUUUUUUUGGUGUUAUUGACUUGUGUGUUUCCAACCAUCCUCUGAACUCUUAAUGAGGCUUAGACAACAUUCUGCUAGUUCUGUGUCUCAGAUUAUCUCAUUAUAUGUGACCGCAGCAAUCUUGAUAAGCAUUCCACAUUUCUAUAUUACUGUCUGUGUCCCAAGCAGUCAUAACUGUCUGUGAUGUGUCUGCUCACUUACCUGAGAAUAAAUGUUCUUUUUAAAUAUAGGUUUUUUAUUCUAAAAUUUAAAACUUUUAAUUUAUUUUAGAAUUUUACACAAAUAUUAUAUUUAUAUUAUUUCCACCCCCUUCUCCCCUCUCUAACUACUCCCUUUCAAAGUCAUAACUCGUGUGUGUGUGUGUGUGUGUGUGUGUGUGUGUGUGUGGACUAGUCACGUGGGAUUGAACUGAGCCCUGUCAGGGGCCCUUGUCCCUAGAGAAAAAUUCUCUGUCUCUCAGCAGCCAUUGAUUGUCCUCAAUUCUUCAGCUAGGGCUGGGGCCUUGUGGCAUUUCCUCCAUUGUGUCGGCUAGCGUUGCCACAGCACAGGCCUUGUUAGCCGCCCGUAUUGUUAUGGUUUUUGUCUCAGGACACUUCCAGGCAAGCUUCAACUACCGUCCGCAAAACGGAUGGUUCUCAAACACAUGAUUUCCAACUCAUUGACAGUGAUGCUUCUGGAGAUCUUUGAAGUGCUCAUUCAAUUGUGGUUCCCAGAUAUCUUUUUGUUUUCCCUCAACAGUUCAGUAUCCGGGCAAAACACCAACACACAGCUGGCACCAGAGUUAGAAGCUUAAGGGUCCCUUUGAACUUGGUUUCACCGUAUCUCUGCAGCUCGUAUUCCGACUCGCUGGCAUCAUCCCUGUGUUCUCGGUUCCUGUUGCACGCUGUAUCAUUCCUUUUUCUUUAUUAAACGUUAUUUGA